ACACUACCACUUGCGUGUCAGACAUAUUUGGAUUAUAAAAGCGUCGUGACAUUGUUGGGUUUGGGCUUGGCUUGCACAGUUUGGUCUCCCACAUUUCUGCUCAUCUUUGACUUUCGUUAAACUAUAAAAGCUCCCCCACUUCCUUCUGCCGGGAAUCAGAUUCCAGAGAGCUUUGCUUUAUUUUAGUCAAGAACCUUCACCAAAUAGCAGCAGCACAAUCAUCUCGUGGAAAAAUGGCAGAGGCAGCCCAGAACCCAGUGAGCCAGCCAGAGAAAGUAGUAAUAACUAACAGACAUGGUGAAAAGCUUGUGGGAUUAUUGCAUGAAACCGGUUCUAAAGAGCUUGUGAUCUUGUGCCAUGGAGCUCGAUCCCACAAGGGAGAUAAUAUUAUGACUAAACUUGCUCUUGCAUUGAAAAAGGAAGGAAUUAGUGCUUUCUGUUUCGAUUUUGCUGGAAAUGGAGAAAGUGAAGGCACCUUUCAGUUUGGUCAAUACUGGAGAGAGGUUGAUGACUUGCAUGCUGUAGUCCAACACUUCUCUGGGACAAACCAUACAGUAAGUGCAAUUCUUGGCCACAGUAAAGGAGGGGAUGAGGUGCUUCUGUAUGCUUCUAAGUAUGGUGACGUUCGCACGGUUGUCAAUGUUUCUGGGCGUUAUGAUCUGAAUGGAGGCCUUGAGCUACGGUUAGGGAAAAACUUUAUGGAAAGGAUCAAGAAGCAAGGAUACUUGGAUAUUAAGGACAAGACAGGUACCGAUAAAAGAGCCGAGAGGGGCAUGGACAUAUCAUCAUUCAGCUCUUAUGGCAUUUUCUCUCCUCAGUUUCUUGACAUUGGCUUUGUUGCUAUGCUUGUAGGAACUUUCGAUUGUCGUGUGACGGAGGAAAGUUUGCUGGACCGCAUGAAUACUAAAAUGCAUGAAUCAUGCCUUAAGAUUGCCAAAGAUUGCCGUGUUUUGACAGUCCAUGGAUCUGAUGACGACGUGAUCCCCGUUGGAGAUGCACUGGAGUUUGCCAAGAUAAUACCUAACCACAAGUUACAUGUUAUACAAGGAGCUGAUCAUUAUUACAGCGAUCACCAAGCUGAGUUAGCGUCAACUAUUUUGGAAUUCCUUAAGGCAGCUUUCCAAGAGGACAAGACUACUUCCAACUAGAUACCGUAGGCCAAGCAGUAUAUAAGUUCCACAAGGUUUAUGGCCUUGUAUUGUUUGUAGAAAAUUUGAUGAUAUCAGAUUGUCAGACAAUAUGGAGUCGUGCUUUUCCCUUGUAUUGUGCUUAAUAACAGAAUCCUCUUAUUAUCA